AAGAUUAACUGCAAGGCUGGCACGACUGAUUUCAGGAUUUGCGUCGCAGCAGGCAGUGCAUGCCCAAUAAAAUUUUCACCACAAAAUCGGGACGAACAAAACGCUUUCAGCAACUCAACUGAACGCACGUCUCGAGCGCCGCCAGCGCCCCUCUCGAUGGUGCCAUCAAGCCACAAACCGAACUGCCCGACACGGUCACGUGCUGCUCCCCAUUCCAACAAAGGCGGUGAAGGCACGUAUGGGAGGCCCAAUCAGCAAAGAAAACAAGCAGGAAGAUGGCGUCAUAGUUUAUCCUCAAGUUUACGAAGACCGAGAAGCGGCAUCUCAGAAGCUUCUAGUUCUUCAAGGGAACCUGGUUCUAACCCUAAAAAAGGCUUCAGUGUUAGCCGAAAGUGUCUUGCUCAGAAACCUCAGAGAAGAUGACAUCACCGAGGAGUAUGUUGAGGGCGCCUACCACGAGAGGAACCUGUACCAGGACACAUUAUUGCAAGCUUCUCUUCUCCUCAAGCCUCAGAGGGAAGGGCACUACAAUGUGAUUGGACUACUGAAUUUCACGCAUCGAAUUCAGCCUCUUAUAAACAGCGAGAGAUCAUUUGGGAUAGCACACAAGAUAUCGAAAAUACCCGCACCAUUGGGAACAUACGGUGUCGCUACACCAAAAGGAAGGACUCCGCAGACAUUUACCGGCCGCCUUGAACCGGAGCCAAGAGCACUAUCAUCUUUCACUAUAGAGACAUAUGUUAUUUCUGAUUACAAACACACCAAGCAUUUUGGUAAUAAUACCAGCGAUCAUAUGGAAUACAUCACAGUACUCAUGAACUCGGUGAGCCUAAGAAUGCAACAGCUUCGCCCACCUGGCUUCAUAUCCGUGAUAGCAAUUGAAUGCGCUUAUAUCGCAAACGAACCCUAUGUGAGCCUCUUCAAUUCUGACAAGCUUAUUGGCAAUCAGACACUACUGCGGCUAUCUGAUCAUUUGUGGAACGACAUAUCAAUGCUUUUUGCAGACCUUGUUUACCUAUUCACGGGGCGGGAUAUUGUUGAUCUGAUACCUGGAGGCACCAGCUCGAAUGUACUCGGUAUGGCCUAUCCACGGAAAAUCUGCACUAAGUGGAAAGGUGUCGUGGGAGAAGACCAGCCUGGAAUGUUUUCUGGGGUGCAAGUCGCCGCUCACGAAAUAGGACAUGCAUUAGGGUCUGUACAUGAUGGCCAAAGCAAUUCCGCUCUUUGCUUGGCAGAAGAUGGAUAUGUGAUGAGCCCGAAAGCUGGAGGACGGAAUUCUUACACAUUUUCAAACUGUACCAUUACUGUAAUUAGCGCGUUUUUGAGGACAAAUGCGUAUUGUUUACGGCGCAACAGCAACAAUGGCUUUGUUCGGCUGCCUAAUUCCUUAAAAGGAUUACCAGGAGCUAUGAUUAAUGGCAGUGAAUUCUGUAAGAAGCACUUCUUUCCCAAGUACCCUGCUGUUGAGUAUGUGAAGUGGGAUUCUGACCUUUCUAAAUGCAAGUAUCGCUGUAAAUUACAGCUCAAGAGUAACGGAGAUCCACAAUAUGCCAUAAGAUUUGCAUUGGAUGGAACUCCUUGCAACAGGUCGAAGCCCGAAAUGAUAUGCAAGAACGCUGUUUGCAUGUGAGGCAGCGAAAGUGCUUAUUCCGAGGAGGCACGACUUAUUUUUCAUUCUUUUACAACAGGUCAAUAAAAUUUUUUUCCUGUA